AUGAAGGCGAAACUUAAAACUAAAUUGCUGAAAGAGAAUGAUUUCGUACCUCCUGAUGGCGGGUGGGGCUGGAUGAUAAUAUUUGCAGCAGGAUUUUCUAAUCUAUCAGCUCUACCAGUGCUACAGCAGUUCGGACUACUUUUCCGCGACAAGUUUGCUCAGCUAGGCAUCAGCAGUGCAGAAACGACUACCAUCAUCAACAUGAACUCAGCCCUGACGUCUUGCGUCGGAUUAGCCAAUGGCCCCGUCUUUAAGACUUUCACAUACCGAAAAGUCUCUCUCACAGGAGCAAUUUUCGUUUUCACUGCGCUUCUGCUAACUACAUUCUCCUAUAAUUUUACUUCAUAUUUGAUCAGUUUCUCUAUAUUAUACGGUGCAGGAUAUGGCAUCAGCAGCUCUGCCAACGCUCUCGCGCUAAACACAUAUUGGAAAAACAGAAGAAGACUGGCAACAGGGUUAUCAUGGACUACGACGGGUCUCGGUCCAAUGUUGUGGCCACAUAUAAUAACAGCAUUAUUCUCUAGUUUUGGUGAAACGGGCACUCUUCUCAUAUUAUGUGGAUUUUCAUUACACGCUAUCGCUUGUGCUCUUCUGUUGCAACCAGUAGAAUGGCAUGCAAAAUCGCGUAAUUCUAAUCAACAGGAUGAAGAAAAUGUCUUGACAUCAAAACAAGCUAAUACCCAAGUCGCAGAACAAAAUAAAAAAGGAGAAAGUGGUUACUUCAGUCAAGUAUCUAAAAUAAAAAAUCUUAGUGUUUUUUCUAGUCAAUAUCUGUAUAACGAGGACGAUCCUAUAAACACUGGUUACGAGAUAACAGACCCUGGUGUUCCUAUGAUGACCCGUGCAAAUGAUGGUUAUUUCAGUCAGUCCAGGCAAUCAAAGAGUAGACUAUCGUCCAGAGAUGCGUCUGCUAAAGCGUCACUUUUGAAUUCCAAAAAGCCAUCGAUGUCCAACUUAUUAGAGAAUAGAUCAAGAAAAUCCUCAACAUUCUAUUUAAAUGAAUCUAAGAAAAACUCUUACGCAAAUCUGGGUGCUCUAGCUCCUGAAGCAAAACCAGUAACGAAAACAAAACGUCAAACCUCUGUAACAGUAAAUAUACAAAUUCCUGAAUCAGAAAUAGAAGAUUGUCCUACUUUGAAAGCUCCGCAGGACUUAAAGGCGGAAGAAAAAGCAGUCGUAGAAAAUAUUGACCCAGAAAAGGCAAAACACAUUGCAGACAGAGCUGAAAAACACUAUGUUGGGACAAGAAGUAUAAAAUCUUUUAAAAUGGAUGGACAAUACGGGGAAAAUUAUACUAAGAAUAAUCAUAGCAACAUUUCAUUUAAAAACCAAGAAGACAACGAAGACAAGAAGUAUUUAAAAGACAAUCAUAGCAACCAGUCCAAUAAAACUAAAGCCAGACGAAAGUCUAAUAAUUUUAAUUAUGAGAGUGAAGUAUUAAAGCAAGCUUCUUUAAAGUUAGAACAGUACCUGAAAGAUAAAGAAGAGGAAGAUGAAACUGAAAAAUUUAUGCUUUUAAUGAAAAGUCAACAAAAUGGCGAAGAAGCAAAAAAAGAGGACGUCGAUGAUGAUGAUGAUGAUGAAAUAGAUGAACUGACGUUUAGUCAAAAACUGUCGUUGUUUUUUGAUCUAGACCUAUUAAAAGAUUUCACGUUUAUCAAUUUGAUGCUGGGAAUAACCCUUGCGAAUUUUAACGAACUUAAUUUUUCUAUACUUACUCCUUUUAUAUUAGGAGACUAUGGUUUGACUAAACCCCAGAUCGCCUUGUUUAUGUCAUUGCUCGCUGGAAUAGAUAUUUGCGUUAGAUUCUGUGUCCCAUUUGUCGCUGGUAAAAUUGGUUGGGAUAAUAAUUCAUUCUUUUUAUUCGGAGUCAUGUCUAUGGCAAUGGGAAGAAUUGUGUUAGCUUAUUGUCAAGACUAUGAAGUAGUGCUUCUGGUAGCUGUAAUAGUUGGUUUUGGCAAAGGUUUAAGAACAGUAUUUAUGGCGCUAGUUAUACCCACUCAUGUACCUCUGCACAAGCUACCUGGUGCUACAGGCAUACAAUUACUGACAGCUGGAAUAGUAUAUCUAAUUUUAGGUCCUGUAGUAGGUUGGAUCAAAGACAAUACGACAACAGCAGUGACUCUGCACUGUCUCAACAUAUUUACUUGGCUCACAGCCAUCUCGUGGGGCUUAGAGAAAUAUUUCACAAUGCGCAAACAAAGUGACGGCGAAUUUGUUAAGUCAUGA